AUGAUGAAGAAAAAAAAUGAAUGGAUGCGUUGGGGUUUGAUUAAAUCUCGAGCUGUUAAUGCUGUUGUUGUUGUUGUUGCUGUUGCUAUUGCCGUCGGUAUUGAUUGUGAUGUUAUUGAUGUUGGUGAUAAUGAUGGUGAUGAUGAUGAUGAUGAUGAUGAUGAUGAUGAUGAUGAUGAUGAUGAUGAUGAUGAUGAUGAUGAUGGUGAUGAUGAUGUUGAUGUUGUUGUUGUUGUUGACGUUGAUGUUGAUGUUGUUGUUAAGAAUGAAAAUAGAAAUGGAAAUAGAAAUGUUCGCUGGCGCUGGUCAUCGAUACCUACCUACCUACCUACCUACCUACCUACUUACCAGUCGCACAGACAAUUUCUUACUUUAGCUGGGAGUACGGUAGGUAGUAUGAUCGCACGGUACUUUGACAAGAGAUGA